GACUGCAGUCACCCUCGUUUCCUGACACUUCGUGUCAUCGCUGCUGCAACAGCAUGCGGACGUUGGAUAUAGUAGCCGCUCUGCAUUGCAAGGGAGAAGACGCGGGCCUUUUCUACUACGCUGCGUUUGAUUCUUUAUCGCCACUGGAAGGUGAACCACAUGCAUGCAUUGUUAUUGCAAAUGCGCAGAUAUCGAUUUGCAGGAGACGAGAGCACUGCAAGCUGGAAACCUGGUUUCAUUUCAAUGAUGCGCGUGUUGUAGAUUAUAGUAAAACAACACGGUAGUAGAACGCGUAAUGAAUGCUUCAGCAGGGACUGGAGUGUUUGUAUUAUCAAUGCUGUCCAUACCCAUCACCUACCUGUUUAACUUUUUAUUUCACAUCAACAGUACUGGGGCAGUCCUUGUUGCUGGAGCUUUGGUUUUGCUGGUCAUAGCAAUUUUGGCACGUCUCUUGCUCAAAAGAAACCCCCCGAAAGAUCCUCUGUUUUAUGUCUAUUCUGUGUUUGCCUUUCUGAGUGUCGUUGACCUAAUACUAGGACUUGAACAGGAUGGACUCAUCGAUGGAUACAUGACGUUUUACUUGAAAGAGGGACAGCCUUACCUGAACACAGCCCAUGGUCACAUGAUCUGCUACUGGGAUGGCUGUGUGCACUAUCUCAUGUAUUUGCUCAUGGUUGCAGCUAUUUCCUGGGGAGAGAGUUACAGAAUGAUUGGCCAGUACUGGGUAGGAUCCAUCCUAAUGACUAUCAUUGUCUACCUUCCGGGAAACGCCGUCGGUAAAUACGGAACAAGGCUGAGCCCUGCUUUUAUCGUAAACGUCCUGUAUGUCAUUCUGAUCGUGUGGGCCACCUUUCGCAUCUUCAGUCAGCCGUCAGUAAGAGAAGCAUCGACACUUAAGUGCAUUCAAGAAUCUCAGAAGAGGAGGCUGGUGCAAAGACCACUUGACCUGCUCUUUACACUCUACCUCAUCCCAGCCAUUGGCUUCAGCAUCUUCAGGGGACUGGUCACAUUAGACUGCCCUGCUGAGCUUUGCCAGAAGUAUGUAGAGAGUCAUGAGCCUUACCUCAAGGACCCCACAGCCUACUCUAAAAUCCAGAUGCUAGUGUACAUGUUUUACUGCGUUCCGUAUUACACAGUCUCCCUGUAUGGUCUCUUGGUUCCUGGGUGCAGCUGGAUGCCUGACUUGGCACUGAUCCACGCCGGGGCGCUGGCACAAGCUCAGUUUUCCCACAUUGGGGCCUCUCUCCACACACGGACGCCCUUCGCAUACAGGGUCCCAGAGGAAGCGAAGUCUAGCUUUCUAAUAAUAAACAUGGUUUAUGGAAUUGUACCCCAGCUGUUUACCUAUAGGUGUAUUACUAACCCGGAGUUCUUCCUCAAAGCCACGGAGGAUAAAAAGACUGAGAAAUGCAAAUGAAACGUUUAAGGUCAAAACCUGCUAUGCAGUACAUGUAUAAUACAGGAGCUUUAAGACAGCUUGGUGUAGAUGAUUACAUUUUUUGCUUUUUUGUGUGUUCUGUUUCUUUUAUAUUGCUUGGAGUGUGUAUUUAUUUAACAUUGUUGGACUGUGCUAUAUAUUAGUGUUAUCUGUUGUAUUGUUUACUUAGGGAUCAUUUAGGUUGUGUGUCCUUCUGGGAACACAGCAGCACAUACAGGAAGAUAUGAUGUUGUAGGAACAAUGGGUUAGUCUACUAUAUUCUAUUACUGUGGGGCUUCACCCCUGUAUACUAUGUAUGUAUGUAGGUUAGUAAUGAAAAGUAGAAUAUUAGUUGCCUUAAAUUCUGUACUAAGAAUGUAUAGAAGCGUAUGGUGCUUUGAAAAUGUAUUGUUAUUAUAAAAAAUAAAACCAAGUUGAAUAUAUUACCUUAA